AUGGUUCCUCUCAUCUAUCUUUACGAGACAGUGAAAGAUUCACAACAAUUCGCAAUUGUUUUGCCACGUUAUUCAAGAAGUCUUCAUUCUUAUCUAAUGGAUCAUACAAAUGAAGUAACAAUUGGCAAAGCUAUUCAAAUUGCACUUGACAUUGCUCAAGUUAUUGCUCAUAUGCAUGCCUAUGAACUUGUGCAUCGCGAUGCCAAAGUUAAGAAUAUUUUGCUCGAUACAAAUGAUUAG